ACCAAAAGAAAAAGUUCUUAUGGUGGUGGUGAUGAUCCUUACGAAAAAGUUAUCACCAUUUUUCAUAGUUCCGGUUCAACCUCAUUUCCUAAAUUAGUUCCUCUCACAAAUCGUUAUUUCUUGGUUUUGGAACAAAGAGAUAAAGCUGGUGAUGUUGUCCUAGCAACCGCUCCAUUAUUUCAUAUUUUUGGAAUGUCUGUUUCAAUAAAUACCAUUUUCUAUCCUGGUUCUGUAUAUGUAUUUCCAAUCGUCUCAGGAUCAGUUCCUUUAAUAAACAAAAUUUUACAUAGUUUAAAUCAAUCUAAGUCUAAUGUUUUUUAUACUUUACCCGCUAUUAUUGAACAAAUUUAUAAAAAUCAUCCUGAAGAAAUUAAAACCUUAUUAAAAUUAAGUUCUAUCAAAUAUGCUGGUGCUGCAUUAUCACCUCAAAUAGGUAAAAAGCUUAUUCAAUCCGGUGUUAAUGUCCAAUCUAUGUAUAGUUCAACUGAAACAGGUGUUAUUAUGGAUACUUCUAAAAAUUCUUCUUCACCUAAUAUCCCAUGGAAUGCAAUAAACUUAGUAGUACCAGAAACAAAAGAAUUAAUUAUAGAAAAAAGAUCUCCAUAUCUUUCAAACAUUAAAGGAAAUACCGAGAAUGGUGGUUAUAGAACAGGUGAUUUCUUCCUUGAAACUUCAAAAGAUACAAUUCGCCUUAAUCAAUUUGUUAAACAAGUAGUCGUCGUUGGAUUUAAUAGACCAUUCAAUUGUCUUUUUAUAGAACUUGAUUAUGAAAAUAUCAAACUGACUCCUUUCUUAGAUGUUACCAAAAGUAUCUUUGAUUCUGUACAUCAAGCUAAUAAUGACUGUCCAUCACAUUCACGAAUCUUUGAUGAAAUGAUUUAUAUCUUACCUCUUGAAGGAAAAACAAUUGCUCAUACCCUUAAAAAUAAUGUUCAAUAUUCCCUUAAAUCAGCUAUUGGAGAUUCAUUUUCACUAACUGACGAUGACGAAGCCUCAUUCUUUGCUAUUGGUUUAGAUUCUUUAUCUGCAACUAAAUUACGAGCUAUUCUUCAAAAACAAUUUCCGGUUAUCAACCUUCCUCAUGAUAUUAUUUUCGAAUAUAAUACAUUCCAAAGUCUUACUCAUUAUUUGAUAAAAGAAUUAUCAAAAAACAGCUCUCCACAAGGUCAAAAUGCUGAAGACAGUUACGAAGCAAAAUUACAGGCUCUUAAAAAUGAAGUGAACUCAUAUAUUCAAAAAUAUAGUGCAACUGAUAAUUUCCCCCCUGUGGAUAACUCUGAUAAAAUUAAUGGAAUCGUAAAUGAAAAAAAUGGUGAAACGGUUCUUAUUACAGGUGUUACUGGAUCUCUUGGAUCUUUUAUUCUCUAUUCAUUUGAACAACGCCAUUUAGAUUCUUCUUUAUUAUCCAAAGAACAUAUUAUCAUUUUACCAAGUGAUUUGGGUGAUUCGAAGUUUGGACAAACCGAAAAGAUUUAUUCAAAACUUGUACAAGAAGUAACACAAAUUUACCACGUCGCUUGGAGAUUGGAUUUUAAUAAUAAAAUUCAAGUUUUUGAACGUGAUAGUAUUGCUGGAACCGUUCAUCUUCUUAUGCUCGCUCGUGAAGCAUAUACUCAUCAUCAAAACGUUCAUUUUAAUUUUACAUCAAGUAUCAGUACAACUGUUAGAUCAAAAACAAAUGUUAAAGAAGAUGAAUUACCUCACGAUAUUUCAAGUGCAAUGAUUAACGGAUAUGCUUUAUCUAAAUUCAUUACUGAAAAU